ACUAAACAUUGUUGAAUUACCGAACAUCCCUAAAACAGAAAUUUGUCGCUUGAACGGGAUUUUUAUAAUUUCAUUACAUAAUCUCUAAAUUAUAUUUGAAACAUGGGUAAGCAUUUUGGAGAACUAGCGAAAAUUCGUGGUUUAAUUACCUAUAAAUUAUCACCUCAUGAACAACGAGCAUACGCUGGCGCUGUUUCCAAUGGAAUUCCAAAUCUCUUUCGUAGAUUUCGAGAGAGUGUAUUAAGGGUAACCCCACCAUUCAUUAUCGGAUAUCUUGUUUAUGAAGGAGUUGAAAGGGAACAUCAUCGUCUUGGCCGUAAGAAUCCUGCUGAUUUUGAAAAUGAUCAAUAAGUGAUAUUAUUCUUUGUUAUAUCUUAAUAAAUUAUUAAUGUAGUUAAUAUAAAUAUUAAAUGUAAU